UUCCUCUUGCAACCAAACAGAAGGUCUUAUCUUAUGUUGCCUUUAAACCUGGAAUAAGGAAGGAAAUAAAGCAGUGAAAUUGUGCAGCAGCCAUUGAUGGGAAAUCCAAAGAAAGAGCUGCUAAGAAAAGCGCCGUGGAGGGUCGAUGACGAACAAGACAAGUUCGCCGAUGCCAAGUUCAAGGUUACCAAACAGCCGGGCUCCACCGCCAAAAUGCACGUCCCUCGCCGCAAGUCCGCCUCUUCCCGAAUUGACGACGACGACGACACCCUCGAGAUUGACCCUGAACUCCGUUACAGCUUCCAGCGCAACUUCCAGUUUCUGCAACGAGUUUUUAGCAUAGACACUGUUGUGAAGCCUCUUCCACCUGCUAUUGCAUACAAUGUUUCUCGCAACUUGAGCUUCUUCAAACGCAUAUUCACUCAGUUUUUUGAUCCUGAAGGUAUUGCAAAUGCACAGAAAUCACUCGGGUUGGGACAGGAAGAAAAGGCUCGUCGCGUGCGUUAAAGAGAUGAAAGAGCUAGCAGCAUGCACACAUUUUGAUUUUCAAUCUGAAACUGAAUUUUAUGAUUUGAAUCCUUUGUGUGGUUAGGGUAUCUAAAAUCCCAUGACUAGCAGCGGAUACAUGGAAAAUGCAACUCUCAAUCUUUCUUGCUGAACUGUAGAUUUAUUAAAAUCAUCAAAAUUCUGCUCCA